AUGAACAAUACACUGCUACGCUCCUUAGGGGGCUUGAGGUCAUCUGUCACGAGGCUUGCAGCACCGGCUACGUCCACGCUGGCUCCCGCCGCCAGCAGGUUCCAGUUACAACACGCAAACUGGUUCAACACGUCGGCACCCGUCGCCGAACAGUCCUCGUUGGCAAAGGCGCAUCAGUCCGAACCAUCAAACGUAUCCGGCAGCGCGUCUUCAUUAGCGUCGAAACCACAAACGGCUACCGACCCAUCAGCCACCCCUCAGACAGCACCCUCCUCCGUCCCAGACCUCCUGCCGCUCCUCGCCGCCCAGCCCAAGCACUACAUAACGGUCCACAUCCACGGGAAGCCGUACCUCGUGACCCCGGGCGAUUCUGUACGCCUGCCCUUCAAGAUGCCCGGCGUUCUUCCCGGCGACACGCUCCGCCUGGACCGCGCAACCACCAUCGGCUCGCGCGACUUCACCCUGCAGGGCAAGCCCUACGUCAGCACCGACCUGUUCAGGUGCCGCGCCGUCGUCAUUGGCACCGACUCGGAACCCAUCCGCCUUAAGGUUGUCAAGAAGCGGAGAACUAGACGUGCUAAGACCAUCAAGAGCAAGCACUUCUACACCACCAUCCGCAUCUCUGAGCUCAAGAUUCUGCUGCCCGAAGAGCCUGCCGCGAAGCCCGUUUCUGCUCCCGGAUACAGCAACACGGGCAUUGUCUGGUCCUGA